CUACUAAUUGAUAUAAUGUUCCGGCGAUGAAGUCCGUUGUGAUUAUCGGCGCAGGGCCUGCAGGUCUGGUGACCGCUAAGACAUUGCUGCGAUGGACAAACACGCCGUUCAAAGUCACCGUCUUCGAAGCGGCAGAGCGCAUUGGUGGCAUGUGGCGAGGACGAACAGGUGAACGGGGAGCGAAAUGUAGCCCUGAGAUGCGAACGAAUCUCUCAAGGUUCACCGUUGCAUUCUCAGACUUGCCCUGGCAGUCUGUUGCUCUGGAAAGUGGCGACGGAUAUUCAAGCCAAGGGUCGCCACCCCUUUUCCCCAAGGCACAUCAAGUCGGCGCGUAUCUCGAGGAGUAUGCAAAGAAAUACAUACCAAAGGACGCCAUAUUUUGCAACAGACGCGUCACAAAGGCCAAAUUAAACCAUCAACCGAGGGGUUGGACCGUGACCUCGGUGGAUACGUUGUCUAAAUCAGAGCACGAGGAUGUCUUCGACUACUUGAUCGUCGCUAGCGGCUUCUUCGAUGAACCCAACCGCUCCGUACCCGACGUUGCCUCAAACCCUGGGAAAAUGAACUCUGUCCAGCAUUCGGCAGACUUUCGGGAUGUCGCUUCAUUCAGUGAGCAUGCUGGAAACAUUGUUGUCGUCGGAGGUGGCAUAAGUGGCUCCGAAGCUGCAGCUACGGCAGCUUUCCAGAUAUCCAACGCCAAACAUGCGCCUUCCAGACAGAAGCCGGCGUGGUCUGAGUCAAAAGUCUUCCAUGUCUUUGAUAGACCAUUUUACGUCCUUCCCCGCUUUGUACCUCAAGAUGCAUUUGACAAUGCAGCUCAAAAGUUCAAUACUGCGCCGAACUUCGUGCCAUUUGACAUAGGUGUCUACAAACUAGACGGCAGAGGCGAUGGCCAAAUAUCAGCAGCUCUCGGCAGAGUUCCACCAGAACGUGCUUCAAAAUCCCACAGUUUCUUGAGAUCGCUAGUGGGAGGCGACAAUAGCGAGCUUGGACAUGCACAGCUUGUUUAUCAGCCUGAUCAAGUACAGUACCCCGGAUUUACAGGUAUAUCGGAUACAUAUGCUGAAUUUGUGAGGUCCGGUUUGAUUGUGCCGGUUCAAGGGCGGGCUUCAAUAGUUGAGAAAGCGGCCGAGAAAUUGGCAGUCCAGGUUCUGCAAGAUGGGACUUGGACUUCUCGGUAUCCAACAACUGAGAAUCAAAGGAGUAUCAUUGAGAACGUUACGGGUGUCAUCGAGGCCACAGGGUACCAAGUUCAACUAGAUUUCCUCUCAGAUGAAGUCAAAAAGGCACUUGACUACGAUAGAGGAUGUCGCCGUGUACCAGUUUUGUUAUCACGUGGCUCUAUAUUUGCACCCGCAAUCCCGGAAAUUGCCUUCGUGGGCUUCUAUGAAGGGCCCUACUGGGGUGUCAUGGAAAUGCAAGCGCGUACUGUUGCGCAAGUGUGGAGUACUGGCAGAAAGGAAGACACUCUCAGUGUGGGUGAAGCGUCUACUGUCCGAAAUGGUAUUCGAAACCGGGAUCUCGACAUUCCUCAAUUCUGGAUGGCGGACUACGUUGGCCUGAUAGAAGAACUGUCCCGCGACACGGGCUGCAGACGCAAUGACUCGUGCUGGGAGGAACAAACUGGCCCAGUAUUCCCAGCGAGAUACACUGGAAAGCAGAGCGACCUUAACGCUGCGGAAAGGACUGUUCGCGAAGUACGUGAUUUGGUUGACGCAUCAGACAGCGAGACCCGAUUUGUAGCGGCCGCUGCGUUCCGAGCCAUGCAAGGCUCAUGGACGAUGCAUCGCAAAAUCAUCUCCAGGAACUCGACCGCACCAGGCGGAACUCUCGUAGGCCAGGCUCAUUUUCAUCCACGAGAACCUACCGACUCUGGGUUUUCCGCCGAAUAUCUGUACAUCGAAGAGGGCAUGUUCACCAUGGACAAUGGCUAUGCGUUUCCGGCAAAACGGCGCUAUAUAUACCGGUGCAGCGAAGCGAAGGAUGCCAUCACGGCAUGGUUCGUGCGGGAGGAUGGCGAAUCGGUCGAGAAAUUCUUCAACCAACUCGUGUUUGAAAGGCCGCAGAGCGAGGGACAGGGAUGGAUAGCGAAAGGGAAGCACUGGUGCGAGCCCGACAUGUACGUAAGCCAGUGCGAGUUCAAGUUCCGCGGUGCGGCCCUUGAACGUUUUGGGAUCACUUAUGAGGUGAAAGGCCCUAAUAAGGACUAUACGCACGAGAGUUGGUAUGUUAGACCUGGGUAUGAUAUCUGAUGAAAUGACG